AUGUCUGACGCGGCAACAAUACGAAGACGUAAUUAUACUCCUCCAAACUUUAACACGGAACUCUUUCAACCGUUAGCAACAAUCACAAGCAAGGAGCCAACUACACAUAAUAUUAAUUUGGUUUUAUCAUACGCAGAUUUGGCUCCUGAUGGCUAUAAGCGAAAAGUUUGGGCAGUAAAUGGUCAAUAUCCUGGUCCACUAAUUUAUAUCAACAAAGGAGACAGAGUUUUGAUAAAUGUUACAAAUAAUUUAGAAGACCCGACUACAAUCCAUUGGCAUGGAAUAUUGCAAACGGGGACUAAUUGGUAUGACGGAGUUGGAGGGCACUCGCAUUAUCUCGCUCAAUAUGUUGAUGGUAUACGUGGUCCCUUUAUUAUUAAUGAUCCGGAUGAUCCUUAUCUAUCUUCCUAUGAUUAUGAAUAUGUCCUUACUGUGGAGGAUUGGUAUCAUUCACCAACAAGUGACUUGGUUGCAAUGCGAUUGGCACCAGGUUAUGAAGGAUACAAUCCUGUACCAGAUGCAGGUCUUAUCAGUGGAAGAGGCCAAUAUAAUUGUUCUAAGGCGUUGGAAGGAUCGACGUGUGAUCCUAAUAAUAUGCCAGCGAUUUAUACUGUGAAGAAAGGUAAAAGAUAUCGAUUUCGUAUAAUUAACAUGAGUGCCGAAGCCUUUUACUGGUUUUCUAUCGAUCAACAUAUGUUACAAGUCAUUGAAGUCGAUGGAGUUAGUACAAAAGCAUCAAAUAUUAGCGUUUUACCGAUUCAUAUUGGACAACGCUACUCUGUUAUCAUUGAGGCAUCUCAAGAAGUUGGCAAUUAUUGGAUACGUGCGGAAAUACCAGAUGAUUGUAUAAUGAAUUCACCAGAUACAAUAAAUCACGACUCGGCUCUUUACGAUAAAAUGACUAUAACAGGAAUCUUACAAUAUGAAGGAGCACCUAGUGAUGCACUUCCAGAUUCCAAAAAGGUCCAUGAUGAAUGGUCUAAAAAUCUAUUUCCAUGCCGUGAUCUUGAUGUUGACUUACUAAAACCAUACGCAGAAGUAGAACCGCCUAAAAAAAUUACAAAUCAAAUUAAUAUUUCUGUAACGAUUCAUGCUGACGAGCAUCAAACCACCAAGGCUUAUAUUAAUAAUCAAUCUUGGGUUCCUGAUAUAACAAAUCCUUCAAUUAUGAAAAUUAUGAGCGAAAGUAUUAGUGCAACGCAAUUUCCUAUUAAUGCUAAUGCAUAUAUGUAUGAUACUGAGGGUGGUGCUAAAUGGUGCCGACCAUCCAUUCCACUUGGAAUAAGUAGUGCUGAGAAAAUGCCUACUCUUAGUAAAUAUAACUUGAUCGAUCCACCUCUUCGUGACACACUUACUGUCCCUGCUAAUGGAUGGGCUGUAAUCCGGUAUAUUAUCAAUAAUCCUGGUGUUUGGGCUUUCCAUUGUCAUAUAGAGUGGCACGUUGAACUGGGGAUGGUAUUUCAAUUGAUCGAACAACAAGACAAAAUGCAGCAAAACAAAUUACCAGAUGCUGUUGCAGCAUUAUGUGCACCAGGUUAUCAAAAUGAUAAAUAUGAUAGCCCACAUACUAAGCGUCUCACACUUUCGUCUCCCGAAGAUGAUGAUUAUGUAACGAUAACUGGUGGAGGCUAUAAAAUUCAUCAUAAAAAUCAGAAAAAAUCAUCAGUAAAAAGAAAUACCAAGAAGAGUUUACUCUUUACUAAACGUCUUGCUA